CGCCUUGCAUUCUGAUGCACAAGCCACUGCGAGGCACUCACAUUGAUCAGAUCUGUCCAUGGACAAAUAAACACACGUACGUACGUACGUACGUUUUUUUCGCCGCCAGUCGUCAGUUGAGCACAGACAGACCAUCAUAUCCAGGCGUCCCGCCCCGCCCCAUCCAUGCCGUGAUGCAUGCAGCCAUCCCAUCACCUGCCCACGCGGCCCAGCCUGCCAAGCAACGCAAAGACAUCCGACAGUCACAGGUGUGUGUCCGAUGCGAUGCACGCGUCAAUCAGUCAGUCAGUCCCGCCCGCUCACCGACCAACCUACCUGGUGUCUGUGCGUGGGUCGGCGACUAUUUCCUGCAGCUUGUUGAUCAUCCCAUUGAUGUUGGUCUGCAGCUUCCGCAACUCACGGCCUGACAACACAACACGAAGGCAGAUAGAGCACCUCCUGAUGCGAUGCAUGUGUUGGUGGCAGUAAGUAUGUAUCUCUGUUGGCUUGGUAGCUAAGCUCACCGUGCAGCAGCCGCAGGACAACAGCAGCAUCGCGGACAUCCUUGUCUGACGAACGACAAUCAGGAGCAGACAGGCAGGCAGGCAAGGAGAAUCCGUUCCAUUGUCACGGUGGCUGUGGGGAUGUGAGGCCUCACUGACCGAUGCACUCGAAUCCCAGCGGCAGGUCCAGCUUGGGUUUGUGUGUCUGGUCCGUCUCAACCGGACGCACCCGAACCAACACACACUGAUGGAUGAAUGGAUGGAUACCGCAACACAGCACACACAUAACACACCCAUCGCCCCGUCCGUCCCCACUCGCUGAGCGGCUCGUGUGUCUGACCUGCAGCGCAGCCAGCAGCUCUUCUUCAGUGACCCGGCCCUGUGCAGGCAGCAGCGGGAGGUCGAGCACCUGCAGCAUCCGGUUCACUGGCGACACCAACUUGCCCACCGACAGGCCUGUGGUCGCACCGGCACGGUUGCCGGAUGGGGCGUGGCCGUUCUGGCGCAUGGCGUCUGCAUCUGCUGCUGGGGUCAGACGCUGCUCUGCAUGAAACAAAACAAACCAUGGAGCGAGGAUAGAUGGCUGACACGGAUGAGAGCGCGUUAAGCUGCUGGUGCGAUUGUACCCUCGAUUGCGUCCUUGUAGAUGUCCUGCAGCAGCAGAGCAGACAACGACGCACAGCAGGGGUGAGCCGUUUGGGCACUUGUCUCUUGGCCAGUCAUCUCACCUGCACGGCGAGUGAGACGAGUCUGUCCAGCAGUGCACUGCGGUUGGCAGCCGCGUCCCGCACAGAGGCCUCGUCAAGCUUCAGGCCCAGCUCACGACAAUACUGCACACCACACACACACGCACCAGACACGCACGCAUCACAUCACGGCCGGCGACUUGCUUGGUGUGUCACUACAUAACCCAUGCAUGCAUCCAAUCCAAUCCAUGCACUGCACUCACUCACUGGCUGGCUGACCUGUAUAAAUGUGUUCCACCAGUUGCGGUCGAACUGCCGCAGCGCCUUCCUCUCCUCCCGGCUGUACAACCGAAUCUUCUCCUCCUCAAGCCACACUAUCACCUUGCCGUAACCAUGACCAGACAGGGAGAUCUCCUCCACGGACGGAUAAGACAACAACCGAAGCCGACGCGCCGUCGCUGGCGCUACGGACAUCGUACGCACAGCGACGGUCACUCAGCGGGGAGCCAGGGGCAGGCCGCAGCCUUGAGUCUGUAAGAAGCUGAAGCAAAAGAUUUUCGGGGUUCAAACCAACACUUGAGGAAUCCCUUCAGCCACCUGCACGCUGUGCAGAAGGUUCUGU